AUGGACUUUCUAGCAACAUCAAUCAACCAGUUUGCCCUGGAGUUUAGCAAAAUGCUAGCUGAAUCUGCUGAGGGUAAAAAUAUUUUCUUUUCUCCCUGGGGUAUCUCAACUUCCUUAGCCAUGGUGUAUUUGGGCAGCAAAGGUCCCACUGCAGCACAGAUGGCCCAGGUGCUUCAAUUUAACAGAGACCAGGAUGUCAAAUCUCAUCCUGAAAGUGAAAAGAAAAAGGAAGGGGAGUUCAACUUGGGCAAGGUUGAAGAAAUACAUUCUGAUUUCCAAACUCUUAUCUCAGAAAUCCUCAAGCCCAGCAAUGCCUACAUACUCAAAACAGCCAACCGGAUAUAUGUGGAGAAAACGUAUCCAUUUCACAAUAAAUACUUAGAAGAUAUAAAAACAUAUUUUGGUGCAGACCCACAGUCUGUUAACUUUUUGGAAGCUUCUGACCAUAUCAGAAAGGAGAUCAACAGUUGGGUUGAAAGCCAGACUGAGGGUAAGAUCCCUAAUCUCCUACCUAAUGAUUCUGUGGAUUCUAUGACCAGGAUGGUUCUGGUGAAUGCUCUUUACUUUAAAGGAAUCUGGGAACAUCAAUUCUUAGUGCAAAAUACCACAGAAAAGCCUUUCAGAAUAAACAAGACUACAAGCAAACCCGUGCAAAUGAUGUCUAUGAAAGAAAAACUUGAAGUUUUUCAUAUAGAAAAGCCUCAAGCCAUGGGCCUUGAACUCUGCUAUGAGAGCGGUGACCUCAGCCUGCUUAUACUACUGCCAGAAGACAUUGGUGGACUGGAAGAGCUGGAAAAGGCCAUCACCUAUGAGAACCUGAGUGAGUGGACCAGUGCAGACAUGAUGGAGUUGUGCAAUGUGCAGCUGCAUCUCCCCAAGUUCAAGCUGGAUGAGAGUUAUGAUCUCAAGUCAACCCUGAUCAGAAUGGGGAUGAGUGAUGCUUUUAGCCAGAGCAGAGCUGAUUUAUCCGGAAUGUCUUCGGAGAGAAACCUAUAUCUGUCCAAUGUUUUCCACAAGGCUUUUGUGGAAAUAAAUGAAGAAGGCACAGAGGCCACAGCUAGCACUGGGGUUGAGGUGGAUUUUCGAAUUAGACUCCGCUCCAUUGAAUUCAAUGCAGAUCACCCAUUCCUCUUCCUCAUCAGGCACAACAAAACCAACAGCAUUCUUUUUUAUGGAAGAUUCUGCUCCCCCUAACCCUUCAUCUCUCUCAUCAAACAAGACCAUUUGACAGCAUGAAAAACGCACUAUAAGAUGGAAAGGCACAAUUAUCCCCCAAAUAAGUUUGUAAU